GUAAGACAUCGCACUACUGACAAAUUAUUUCUCACGUAAGCAUUUGUCUUCAUCCAAAAAGGGUUCCAUUUACGAUCGGGGAUUAAAGUUUAGAGCCACAGAAAUCGGAACUUCAAUUAAAAUCUCGGGGUACAAUAUGGAGGUGAAAAUUGAAUAUAUAUAUGUCAAGAUACAACCUUUGCAAAACGGGAAUCUUCAUUUGGAAAUAAUAAUCAUCACAACUAUUAAUUAACAAUAUAAACAAAUACAAAAUGUCUAAAGUCUCAAUUGCUGUAAUUGGUCUCAGUGGAUUAUUAGGUAAACCAUUUUUAGAAGCCAUCAACUCUGGAAAGUUCGAUGAAAAAAUUCAAUAUCCUAUCAAAGCUUUAACUACUAAGGAUAUUCCAUCUACUGAAAAAGUUUCUUAUAUCAAGACUGAACUUAAUGAUGAAUCAAUUCCAACUAUUGCUUCUUCUUUAAAGGGUGUUGAUGUCAUUGUUGAAUUAGUUGCUGCUAAUCCAGUUUUAUUCCCAGUUCUUGAAAAAGUAGUUGCUGAAGUUAAACCAAAGGUUUAUAUUCCUUCUGGAUUUGGUGUUGAUCUUGAAGCAAUAACCCCUUACCUUCCAGGUUUCUUGUCUUUGAAACAUAAGCAUCUUGAAAAUGGUAGAAAGAUUGCUGGUGUUAAGACUGUUGACUUUGUUACUUCUUUCUUUGCUGCUCCAGGAGCUUUCUUAUAUGAAUAUGUUGGUGCUGCAGGUAUCAACCCAGCAGAUAAAACUGUUACUGUUAGAGGUAGUGUUGAUCAAAAAUUCUCAUUCUCUUCUCUUGUGGAUAUUGGUUACUCCUUAGUUUCAUUAAUCACACUUCCAUUUGAAAAGAUUCCAGAAACUAUCAGAAUCAACAGUGGAGUUAUUACUGUCCAAGAUGUUAUUGACAAAUAUGAAGCUAACCAUGAUGUUAAAUUAAGUAUUGUUAAAACUAUUUCUAAAGAAGAAGCCUUAAAGGAACUUUUGGAAGUAAUUCCAAAUGGUGAAAUUAACUUUUUCACUCCUGAGUUCACUCUUCCAAACUUUUUCUUAGUUGCUAAUGUUGUUCUCGCUCAAGGUGCUGGUAAGGGUGCUUACUUAACUGAAGUUGAUAAUGAAUUAGUUAAUCCUGGUGAAAAGUACUGGAAAUGGGCUAAAUAUUAGAUACUGAAAUAGUUUUUUUUAUGUAUAUGUAUUAGCAUAAUUGUUUAGUCUAGAAUAAAAAGAAUUUUUUUUGCAAUCGAAUUUCAUAAAAUUAGCUACAUGCUAUAACAAAAGUUG